AUGUCGUUAAUCAAGGUUAUUUCUUCGUUAUCUCUAAUUUUGAUAGGUGUAAUCAUAUUUAAGAUUGUUUUGCCACCAUUAAAUUUUCCAAGAAAUAUUCCAACAAUUCCAUUUUAUGUGAUUUUCCUACCCACCUUAACCAAGAUGGAUCAAAUUCAAUUAUAUGAAUUAUAUUUAAAGGAACCAUUAGAAAAAUAUGGCGCUGUUAAAGUAUUUUUUGGUGCCAGAUGGAAUAUAUUAGUAGGUAGACCUGAAUAUUUAUCAGAAAUAUUUAAAAAAGAAGAUAUUUUUGCAAAAAGUGGAAAUCAAAAAAAAAUUCCAUAUAGUGCAAUUGCUGCUUAUACAGGUGAUAAUAUCAUUAGUGCCCAUGGUGAUGUUUGGAAAAAAUAUAGAGGCAUUAUGACCACUGGACUUCAACAAUUUGAUGAUACUCCAUUUGAGAAAAAUGCUAAAUUAUUUGUUAAACUCAUCAGGAUUAAAAUGUCUGACAUAGAUAAAACUACUUUGACAAAAACUGGUAUUCCAAUGAUACCAUUAAUCCAACGUCUAGCUUUAGAUAAUAUUUCACAGACUUUAUUAGGAUUUAAUUUUGGAACGUUGACAAAUGACUGUGUGCCUUUACAUGAGCAUUUAAUUAGAAUUAAGAGACAAAUUUUUCAACCAUUAUUCCUAACAUUCCCAUUUCUUGAUUUAUUACAACUACCACAGAGAAAGAAAGCUUUUUCGGAUAUUGAACAGUUUAGAAAUAUCUUAGUUGACAAAGUUCAAACACAACUAAUAGAAAACUAUGAAUUUGAACAAACAAAAUACGUUUCUAGUGAUCUGAUAAGAUCAUACACUAAUAACAUUAUUAAUCAUAAACAAUUGACAGAUAAUGUUGUAAUAAUGCUAGUAGCUGGCCAUGAAAAUCCACAACUACUAUUAACAUCGCUACUAUAUUUCUUGGCCAAAUAUAACAAUACAUGGCAGAAAAAGAUAUGGAAUGAAGUAAAAGAUAUAAUAGAUACGAAGGAUCUCGCUUCUUUACCACACCUAAAUUCAUUUAUACUCGAAACUACUAGAAUGUACCCACCUCUCAAUAUAAUUAUUAACAGAUGCACGUCGAGAAAAUGUAGAUUAGGUAACGACAUUGUAAUCCCUAAGAACACAUACGUUGGAUAUCAUAAUUAUAGUGCAACUCACAAUAAAAAUUAUUGGGGAGAUUAUGCAGAUGAUUUUGAACCUAGACGCUGGGGUGACGAUAUUGAAUCCAUAACGAAGAGUUGGAGGCACCAUAAAAACAAUAGUAGUUUAAGUUCAUUUCAUGGUGGUAAACGUGCUUGUCUGGGUGAGAAAUUAGCACUUUCUGAAAUGAGGGUUACUAUUUGGGAAGUAUUGAAACAAUUCGAAAUAACGUUGGCAUCUGAAUGGGAAGAUAGAGUUACACCUGCCGGUCCAUUGUGCCCUGCCGGUCUACAGUUGAAUUUUAUAGAAAGAAAAUAG